AUGCAGGCGAUAUGUGAAUUAGGGGAGGGCCCGAGAAAUGCGCAAAAGGAAGAGGAAGCUACAGGGGGUGGUCCCCACUGGAACAGGAACCAAACAUGUAUCUAUGUAUGUGUGCAUCUGGUCACGAUUGGUGGUCCCCCACGUGAGCCGUGUCUUGAAUUGGCACCACGUGCUAUUGUCCCCCGCCAUGGGACCCACGCUCCGCCGUACCAGCCAGCAUUUAUUGCUAUCACAUGGCCAUGCCUGCAGCGUACCGUGCUCGGAGAAUCUCACCCAAAACGACCUAUCGACCAUGAUACGGUUGACCAUAUUAAAUCUUGUGCCUGUCUCUCUUCUUAUGAAUAG